CGGGGCCAAAUUCCAGUAACUUUUAAAUUUUGCUUCUCUAACUGAAGAUAUUAUUAAUUUUCCAAAAUUCAGGAAUAAUAAUUACUUUAUCCAUCCAACUUUUUUUCUUCACCUUCAUUGCUUCUUAGGGUUCUAAGAUUUCUAGGGUUUCUCGAUUUUUUUCUUUUUGAUUCCCAGUUUUAGCCUUUCUCCUUUUCUACUUCGCGGAUUCUCACCUCUUCACUUGGGCGGGUCAAGUUCUUCGAGUUUUCAGUUCCAAGAAUUGGUGCGGAAGCAAUAUGCAGUGAAAGAAGACAUUUCGUUGGAUGAAAGUUUGCGCCUAAAGCAUGGAUGAAGAAAUAAUUGAAGAAGUAGCUCCAAUAGAUGCAGCUGAGGGGGCUCACCUUCAGGGCAAAGAGGUUGAGUAUUUGGUCAAAUCUGACAACUGCAACGUGUUGGUGUCCCAAGAAAUGGUGAUACCAGUUGAGGUUAAUGCUUCAUUCCGUGUUCUUGGUGAUGUAUUGGAAGGAAAGAAUGCGUUGGAACAUGGGUGUACUAGCCCUUGUACUUAUAAUGAUGAAAAUGACAUGGUUGAAGAGUUAACUUUGAGAAACUAUAAUGGCUCUAACAUACCCGUAGUUGGUACAUCAAAUUAUAGAGAAAAAACGCAGAUGAGGCAGAGCCGUUGGCAACAUCUUUAUCAGUUGGGAAGCGGAUCAGGAAGUGGGGGUUCAUGCGGCAAGAUGGACAACAGUCAGGCAAUGCCAAGUAUGCCACUGGAUGCAAGGUGUGCAUCUUUUCCUGAAAUUUUGGGUCACAAACCUUUGAGUGAUGGGCAGACUGAAGCUGCAGCACAAUUGAUUGGUGGUGAAAAUAAUGAGGUUUCUGGCAGUCAGCAAUCUCAUGGAGGUAUCAAGACAAAGAUUUUAUCCAAAUCAGGAUUUUCUGAAUUUUUUGUUAAAACUACAUUGAAAGGUAAGGGCAUUAUAUGUAGAGGUCCUUCUCAUGAUGCCUCCAGAGUUGACCUUAGACAUCGAAAUAACACAAAAUCUACCGGGCAAACUAUGGUGGCUCCUAUUCCUCCUGUGAAACCUGCUGGAAGCCCUGUGGUGGCUUCUAAUACUUCACUAAUCUUGGAUAAUAGAGCUGUUGUGACUUCUCCCAAUGGGAUCAUAGUGCCAAGGGCUGGUGAGCGUGAUCAUGAUGGGAUAAACUUGAGAGAAUGGCUGAAAGUUCAGUCUCAUAAAGCAAACAAAGCUGAGUGCUUGUAUAUAUUUAGGCAAAUUGUGGAUCUGGUUGAUUAUUCUCAUUCUCAAGGAGCUAUCUUGCAUGACUUGCGCCCUUCUUGCUUCAAGUUGUUGCAAGCUAAUCAGGUUAAAUAUAUUGGUUCAGGUGUUCAGAAAGGGCUUCUAGAUACCAUGUGGGAUAAAGAUUCCUCUCCUUCCGAGAACUUUAUGACUAGGAGAAGGCCAAUGAAGCAGGGGAUGAUUUCCUCAAUUGGUCUUUGUGCUAAAAAGCAAAAGAUCAAUGAGAACACAAACUUGACUAGGUGGCCUCUGUUUCAUUCUAGAGCUAACCUCAAAAAUGAAACCAUAAACACCCAAUUUUCUCACAAUGGAUCUAGCGAACAUUGUCCAAAUACACAAUUUAGCAAUUUUGGGAGCUCUCAUUCUUCUAAUUCAGCUCAGCAUCAGUCAGUCUCUGUGAAUGAGCAGUUGGAAGAGAAGUGGUAUGCUAGUCCAGAGGAUAUCAAUGAAGCUGUUUGCACAAUUUUAUCUAAUAUAUACAGUUUGGGUGUGCUGCUUUUUGAGUUGCUUUGUCAAUUUGAAUCUGAGAGAGGACAUGCUGCUGCAAUGUUGGAUCUACGCCAUAGGAUUUUUCCUCCAACUUUUCUGUCAGAAAAUCUCAAGGAAGCUGGAUUUUGUCUUAGACUACUUCACCCAGAACCUUCUUUGCGCCCAACAACCAGGGAUAUCCUACAAUCUGAAGUACUUAAUGGAUUCCAGGAAGUAUUUGCAGAAGAAUUGUCGUCAUCCAUUAACCAAGAUGAUACUGAAUCAGAAUUAUUAUUGCAUUUCCUUGGUUUAUCAAAAGAGCAAAAGCAGAAGCAUGCCUCAAAACUAAUGGAAGAUAUUGCUUGCUUGGAAGCAGAUAUUAAAGAGGUUGAGAAAAGAAGGCACUUUUCUAGAAAACCUUUUACUUAUUCUUCCAUCAAUGCGAGGGAAUGUAGGCACCAUAGUAAAGAACCUCCAAUCUCGGAGAUGCAUUUAAGUUUAUACCCGUUUUCCAGUGACAAUGAAAUGAGGUUAAUGAGAAAUAUCAAUCAGCUUGAAUCUGCUUAUUUCUCUAUGAGGUCAAGAGUCCCUUUUCAUGAGACCGAUUCUAUGAGACGGCCAGAUAAGGAUUUACUGAAAAAUCGUGACAAUGGGCAUUUGACACAAAACAAUGAAGAAAUACCGAAUCCUCCUGAUUGCCUUGGAGCAUUCUUUGAUGGUUUGUGUAAGUAUGCUCGAUAUAGCAAGUUUGAAGUCCGUGGGAUAAUGAGAAGUGGGGAGUUCAACAACUCUGCGAAUGUAAUCUGUUCUUUAAGUUUUGAUCGUGACGAGGAUUAUUUUGCUGCUGCUGGUGUCUCUAAGAAAAUAAAGAUAUUCGAAUUUAAUGCACUUUUUAAUGACUCUGUUGAUGUUCAUUAUCCAGUCAUUGAGAUGUUAAACAAAUCAAAGCUUAGCUGUGUUUGCUGGAAUAACUAUAUCAAGAACUAUCUGGCUUCAACUGACUACGACGGUCUGGUUAAGUUAUGGGAUGCAAGCACCGGUCAAGCUAUCUCUCAUUACAUUGAACAUGAAAAGAGAGCCUGGUCUGUUGACUUUUCUCAAGUGUAUCCAACAAAAUUGGCUAGUGGCAGUGAUGACUGUUCCGUGAAACUAUGGAGCAUUAACGAGAUGAACUGCUUGGGAACCAUCAGGAACAUUGCAAAUGUCUGCUGUGUUCAGUUUUCUGCUCAUUCCCCUCAUUUACUGGCAUUUGGAUCUGCGGAUUACAAAACAUAUUGCUAUGAUCUUCGGAAUGCUAGAGCCCCAUGGUGUGUUCUUGAUGGUCAUGAUAAAGCCGUGAGCUAUGUGAAGUUCCUGGACUCGGAAACUGUAGUUACUGCUUCCACUGACAACACAUUAAAGCUUUGGGAUCUCAAUAAAACUAGCAGUGGGGGCCUGUCCUCUAAUGCUUGCAGCUUAACAUUUUCUGGACAUACAAAUGAGAAGAAUUUUGUUGGAUUAUCCGUUGUUGAUGGUUUUAUAGCAUGUGGCUCAGAAACAAAUGAGGUUUAUGCAUACUAUAGAUCACUGCCUAUGCCAAUAACUUCUCAUAAAUUUGGGUCCAUUGAUCCCAUUUCUGGGAAAGACACGGAUGAUGACAACGGGCUGUUUGUAUCAAGUGUUUGCUGGAGAGGGAAAUCAGACAUGGUUGUUGCUGCAAAUUCUAGUGGAUGUAUUAAAGUAUUGCAGAUGGUUUAAGGAGAAGGUUAAUUGCUUAGAGUCAUCAAUUACUGGCGUCAUUUGGUUGCCAAGUUUUAUUCUCGAGGCUUAUUCUUAAGCAUUGAAGCCAUCUUGGGUUCAGGCAAAUAUGUCAUACAUGGAUGACUUGGUCUGCUCGGUGGCUCAUUAUAAUAGGCUUGGCUUUGAUUCAUAGAAAAUUAUAUGCAGAGUAGAGUCGAGCCAAACUGGAGUUAUGGUUCCAGGUUAUCAAGAUUAUCCAGAGCUAGGUUCCAGUUAUUCUUUUACAUGCUUAAGAAUCCAGAAUAUCAUGACACUUCCUGAGUCUUGAGAAAGAGGAUCAAACCGUAAAUACGGGAAUGCAAAAUCGAGAUUGAGGUAACUUCUGCUAAGAGGCUUUCCAUCUCGGUUGUGGGAGCGAGAGUGUAUGCUAUAUUAGUACGUGUCUUUACUUCUGCUGGUGAUCCUUGAAACUAAGGUGCAGUCCUUUUAAGCGUUGUAAUAUAUAUAUAUAUAUAUAUAGAGAGAGAGAGAGGUAUAAUUGGUAAUUUACUCAAAUGUAGGGUAUUCUUUAUUGAGAUGUAAGUAAGCAUUCUAUGAUUCUAUGUAACGGAUGUUUUACCAGUGUAAAUCUAUAAAUUUUGAUGUA